AGCGCCCAGGCGCAGCCGCCCUCGACGUCCUCGGUAGCGGGCGACCUAGGCCGCGGUACCCGGACCGAGCCAGAGGCCUGGGCGGCGUGUCCGGGAGCGGAGUCCGCGCCUGCCACCGCCAUGCCUGACACCUGGGACAAAGAUGUGUACCCCGAGCCCCCGACUCGCACCCCGGCUGUGUCGUCGCAGACUUGGCUACCCAACCCCGUCGUCUACCUGACGAAGGUCUUCGACCUCCUCGUGGACCGACCCGUGACCCUCGUGAGAGAGUUUAUAGAGCGGCAGCACGCAAAGAACAGGUAUUACUACUACCACCGGCAGUACCGCCGCGUGCCAGACAUCACGGAGUGCAAGGAGAACGAUGUCUUGUGCAUGUAUGAAGCCGAGAUGCAGUGGAGGAGGGACUAUAAAGUUGAUCAAGAAAUUGUCAACAUCAUCCAGGAACGGCUCAAGGCCUGUCAGCAGAGGGAGGGACAAAACUACAAGCAGAACUGUACCAAGGAAGUGGAGCUGUUCACCCAGGUGGCCAAGGCCUACCAGGAUCGCUAUCAGGACCUGGGGGGCUACGGUUCUGCCAGGAAAUGUCUGGCCAAACAGAAGCAGAGAAUGCUGGAAGAGAGAAAAGCUGCAAAAGCAGCCGCUGCUGCCACCUCCUGAGGCAGCUGUGGGUGCCCCGCGAUGCGGCUCUGUAUGAUUGCGCUAUUGCUGAAAUAAAGCCCCUCAAC